AUGAGGUUUGAUGAAUCUGGAUGCCUGGUUCAAUACAAAACAUCGGAUUUGAAGCCAGGAUCUGUUCCCACAAUAUUCGAUUUCUCAACGUAUGCAGUCGGGAACACCGACCGUCCCAGCACGUCGGCCGCGCAAGACAAUGACAGUGUCAACAAACGUGAAGUUCGAGCCACCAAACGAGUUGCUUCAGCUGCCGAGAGAGAGGUCAAACGAGCUGUCCAUACUGCUGCAGGAUUGUUGUCCUGUCAGACAGAAGAUACAUCCUGCAUAGGUGCUGAUGAUGCAAGUGAUGAUUCCCAGGUACUGGAGGCACACACAACUAAACGUGAGCAGUCAGUGACUGUGGCCACACAGACGGAACCACUGGAACCAUGCCCGUGUAAAACUGUGACUUUGGUGAGUGUGCAGACUGGGACCGAUGACAUCAACAACAGUCAGUUGCUCAGUCAUGAUCAUCCAUAUUGCGUCAGCAGGGACAUUGCUGGUGGAUCCGCCACACUGGCACCUGCAGAUGCAAUGGCCAAAGCACCACCGAGUCCAACACCUGAUGUGUCAAUGCCUGAAGAAGAUGCUUCCAGCUCUGGGGAGAGCAUUCCAGGGACUGAGCCUUCUUCGUCGGACUACAGCCCUACUGAAGAUGACAUUAUACAGAAUGACAGCGAAGACAGCGAGGAUGAUGGAGAACAUUCAGUGGAUGGCGGAGAAGAUCCAGUGUCAGACAAAAAAUAUCUGGUAUCCCAUGUACAACUGAUGAAGCUGUUUUGUGUAUGCAACUUUGCCGGAUGCGGAAAAUGUGUGAUCAGCAGGCCGUACUGUUCAGCCAAAGGCUUUGGACUGACAGUGAAAACUGACUGCAUAGAUGGCCAUGAGUUUGUGUGGAUUUAUCAACCCCUCUUAAAUGGCACAAUGUCCUGCAACCUGUUAGUGCCAGCCGCGAUUUUCCUGACUGGAAAUGCUUAUGGCCCAUUUUCUGAGAUAUGCCAGUGUCUGGGCCUGGAAUAA